ACACUGUGUAAAACUGACGUGAGUGUCACGUACUUGUACCCUUCAGUGAUAUGUCUUAACUCUGAUUCAACUACAACACUGUGUAAAACUGACGUGAGUGUCACGUACUUGUACCCUUCAGUGAUAUGUCUUAACUCUGAUUCAGCUACAACACUGUGUAAAACUGACGUCACUUGAUAAAAGGGACCACGCUAGACGCCCUGCACCACAAUGAGUUCUGCCCCAAAAGUGAUUCUGUACCAGAUAUCGAGAGGACCAAGGGCGCCAAGUUUCUCCCCAUUUGCUCUCAAGUUGGAGACCUUUCUUCGAAUGGCGAAAAUAGAAUAUGAGAAUGAUUUUAGUGUCAAGCGCUCGUCCAAAGGCAAGAUUCCAUGGAUGCAAUACGAAGGAGAGGCCGUGGCUGACUCUCAGUUCUGUGUGGAGUAUCUGAACCGGAAGUUGAACAUUGACCUUAACAGUCACCUGACCGAGGAACAACGGGCUGUUGCGCAUGCCUUUCGAAAGAUGGCGGAGGAAAACCUAUUCUGGUGUAUGGGCCUGUCCCGGGCUGAGAACCUGGACUACGUGAAGAAACACAUCAAGUUGAACAAACUGGUAAUCUGGAUCGGAACAAGAAUUUACCUGAGUAAUACGAUAGCUCACGGAAUCGGCCGACACACCCAUGAGGAAGUGUUGCACAUUAUGGAGGAAGAUUUGAGAUCAUUAUCAGUCUACCUUGGGACAAAGAAAUUCUAUUUCGGCGAUCAACCAUGUGAGACAGAUGCUGCUUUGUUUGGACUGUUGUGUCAGUUUUGCUGGCAGUGUCCAGGAAGCAAAGGGGAACAACUCGUGAACGACAAGUUCACAAAUCUGGUGGAGUAUUGCGAGCGAAUGAAGGCGACAUUUUGGCCGGACUGGGAGGACUGCAUCACGGCGGACGGAACUAAAACUGCAACAAAACAACAUGAGAACUUAAUAAAUGGAACCCAAAGACACUCUAAAAACAUAUACAUACGCCGCCAGAUAACCUGCCGGACAAUGAUAAUUUUACUGCAUUUGCAUAAUAAAUAUCGUAGCCAGACUACCAACCUAACCCAAGGCAAUCAGUAGUAAAUGUUUCUACUGAACAGACAAUAUCAAAUGUUUUCCAUCAAAGGUUAAUCGUCCAGUAUACCAGCAACACCACACACCUUCCACGGCAAAAUUGACACCGGCGAUAUGGCUUUCUUGUCCCGGUUCAAAAUAGUCCGGCCGGCCAUAGCUCCAA